AUGCGAAAAGACUUGCAUGCUCUACAUUCCAAGCUAGACAAGCUGAUCCUAGCUCAAUUCCCUGCGAAGCAAGUCCACUCUAUCUCUGGUACAACACUAGUUCAGAACCAGGAAGGGGAGGAACCACAAAUUGAAAGAGUCCCUCCAAACAACAAGAAGACUAUCUAUGGUCACAUGGCAUACCAAGCACCUGCAUCGUACAAGAUCGCUCCGCAUGGCUACCCAAAACAAGGCUUCCCACCCGGAUUCCCACCUAUGCCAUAUCACACUCCACCAAGGGAGGGUUUAGUUGAGUAUUCAGACAUUCCUGCAACCAACUCGAUCGAGCCUGAACAUAACACUGAACCAGAGCUCGAUCGAGCUAGUGAACCAGAAGCUCCGCAAGACAAACCUGAGCUCGAUCGAGUUAGUCCACAAGUUGACAAAGCAAGUUUUAGCCAACCACCUAAGCCUGUUGGAAAGCAGAAGGACACCCCAUCAGGGCCACCACCAUACAAACCCCCUCUACCUUUCCCAGGAAGGCUCUUUCCACCCUACCAAAAGUUCCUGAAGGAUGCUGUACAACAACGAACUAAGGAGGUGCAAGGAACGGUAGUCUUGACUCGUAUCAAAACCACCUCAUAUUGCGAGCUAGCUACAAACCGAUCUCAUAAGGUGUUAAGUGAGAACACUUCCUCCUCGUGUUCGACCCCGACUACAACACGGCUGUGCACUUGCAGCUCAUUAGUUGGGUUUACAAAUUGUGAAAAUUUGAGGCAAUCUAAACCCGCCAUCAAAUACCUUAGUCAAACAAGGAACAAGCUAAAGACUUAUCCUGUGGUUGAAAGAAAGACGGCUCUAUCGAGAAUCAGCGCCCGAACCGCGCAGUCCGGCUGGCCGAGGAACGCAUGUUCCGCGCUCGGCCAAAAUCGUUCCGUCCGUCUGAAGUCUCGGCCAAAGUUCAAACCGUUCGGCCGAUCACGCAUCACGACCCGGGAAACUAAGUCCCGCGGUCGGCCACGCCACAACCGCCACGCCACGCAGCGCGAGCCGGGAAACAAAGCCUCGCGGCCGCGCAACCUUCGCGUACCACGGCCGAUGCAUCCGUCCGAGCCGGGAAAGAACGUCCCACGUCCGGCCGAGAAACCAUCGGCCAAAUCUUCACCGCCGACCAAGCCGGCCGACCGUGAAACAUCCGGCCACGACCGUUCCGACUCGCCCAAGACCCGACUGUCCGGCCGACCGUCCCGACCGACCGUCCGAACGCCGCGGUCGACCCGAAGCCGUUUUUGA